GGCCGGCCGCGGAGUGUCGGUGAAGUCAGCGCCGAGUCCCAGAAAAACAGAGCGCGGCCAACUGCAGCGUGUAGUGCGAGUGGGGCAGGACGCGCGCCGCCGGCCCGCCAGCUCGGAGACCCGCAAGGUGGCUUGGUGGUGGUGGAAGAGAAGGGGGUGGAGCAGCCUCAGUGACAGAAAACACAUGCUGAACGUUUGGGGACUCCAGAUCUCUGGACCUUAGAGACAUAGACAGUGCACACAGGAGGCUGGAUCUGGAAGCCAGGGAUGAGGAGUGGCAUUUGUUGGAAGAGUUUGUGAGACCUUCUCCCUGCCUGGAGCCCCAGGACCAAUGCAUCUUUCCAGCACCUUACACCACUGAGGUUUCUGAAGGAUUAAGUGAUUCAUGUCUGACAUCUGCUGAUACUUCGACUGUGGUCUGAUUCAUCUGAGCCUGAAGACCUGACUUAAAGUGUCUGUGGCUCUGCUCCUGGCUCCACACCUGUCUUCAGUUUUCAGUCACUCUUACCACAGGUGCUUCUUCCUGGAUGAGGAACCAUCUCUCAGAUGGAGAAGAGCAGUACAGACCCCAGUUGCAGAAGACUUGUCUUGUCACCACCAUGAGCUCUGAAUGUGACGUGGGUGCUUCCAAAGCCGUGGUGAACGGGUUGGCACCAGGCAGCAAUGGGCAAGACAAAGCAACUGCCGACCCUUUACGUGCACGCUCUAUUUCUGCUGUUAAAAUAAUCCCUGUGAAGACAGUGAAAAACUCUGCAGGCCUAGUACUCCCUCCAGAUAUGGAUCCUACAAGAAUCUGCACUGGGAAGGGAGCGGUGACUCUCCGGGCCUCGUCCUCCUACAGGGAGAUCCCAAGCAGUAGCCCUGUGAGCCCCCAGGAGACCCCGAAGCAGGAGAGGAAAACAGUUCUGGAGUCAGAGAAUUCCUCAGCAGAUGAGUGGAGGCUUUCUUCCAAUGCUGAUGCCAAUGGAAAUGCCCAGCCCUCUUCACUCGCUGCCAAGGGCUACCGAAGUGUGCAUCCCAGCCUUCCCUCCAGCAAGCCCCAGGUCCUCUCUCCCCCACGCCCUCCUUUCCUCAAAGAGGACCGCUUUGCAUGGCAGCCUCCCAGCACCCGCAGUCCCUCCAGGGACUCACUCUACCUGAGCUCACCAAAGCCUUACCUCCCACCUGGCACCCUCAGCCAGCAGAGCCCCUCACUACCCCGGCCCAUCUCUUUACCCCUGGCAGCCGGAUCAGCCCCCCGAGGUGUGCCAUGUCCUGGGCCCCCGCUUCCAGGUUCCACAUUCCCUGGCGCUUGGUCCCAACCCCAGCAGCACUGUGCAGCCGCCAGGACAGUCGAUAGAGAGAAUGUGAGCUCUAACCCACGUCAUGAGGCAGUUGGGAAUAAAAAGGUCAGCAGCUUAUAUGUACCUUGUUUAUCCCGUAACGUUUGCCCGGUGGCAUUGGAAAACCUCUCUGGUGUUGCACGUGACCCAGCCAAAGGCACUGAAGCUGCAGGCACUCGGGCACCGGCUCCCACCAUUGUCUCCCGCAUAGCCGGCACAGGGACGCCACCCUCUGCUGCUCCUCCCAACCCUCCCAAGCUAUCCUUUGACAUCCGUAAAGAUGCCGUUGGCUGCGGCCAGAGUCCUUUCCUGGGGCCUUGGCCUUCGUUCCCAGACGCAGUGAGAGCACCUGGGCUAGGCCCCCAGGUUACCUCUGAUCCCGAAAACCGGAAGAAAAAAGAACCUUACCUUUUGCAGCCGUGUUAUCCAGCCAAGGCAAGAAUUAGGAAUGUGUGUGUGUCUUCUCCACCGUCUCUUCUCAAAAUUCAUGACGCCACUUCCUCCAGCCCAGCCCCGCCUGAGGUAAUAGUUGUCCCUCUCUACCGGGUUAAUACCGACAGAGGGCACGAAGGCACUGACAGACCUCCAGCAUCUCUGGGGACCCACGGCCCCCCGGUCCCGGCGGCUGCCCCUGCCGGCUCACCUCUGACCUUCCCGACUCUAGACGAUUUCAUUCCCCCUCAUCUGCAGAGGCGGUCCCACCACAGCCAGCCAGCCAGCGCCCCUGGCUCCCUCCCCCCAGCUAGCCAGAUUCCACCGUCCUUCUCACCGCCGCCUCCGCUGGUCCCUCCGGUUCCCGAGGGCCUCCGCAGAGUCUCGGAGCCUGACCUCACGGGAGCUGUUUCAAGUACCGACUCGAGUCCUCUAUUAAAUGAAGUUUCUUCAUCCCACGCUGGAACUGAUUCCCAGACCUUUGCAUCAGUUAGCAAGCCAUCAUCUGCCUACCCGUCCACGACGAUCGUCAAUCCCACUAUUGUGCUCUUGCAACACAACCGAGAACAGCAGAAACGACUCAGUAGCCUUUCAGAUCCUGUCUCGGAAAGAAGAGCGGGAGAGCAGGACUCGGCACCAGCUCAGGAAAAACCCACCUCCCCUGGCAGGGCUGCUGAGAGGAAGGCAAAGGAUGACAGCCGGCGGGUGGCCAAGAGCACUCAGGACCUAAGCGAUGUUUGCAUGGAUGAAGUGGGCAUCCCACUCCGGAACACCGAGAGAUCAAAAGACUGGUACAAGACCAUGUUUAAACAGAUCCACAAACUAAACAGAGACACUCCUGAAGAAAACCCUUAUUUCCCUACGUACAAAUUCCCUGAACUUCCUGAAAUCCAGCAAAAUUCUGAAGAGGACAAUCCUUACACUCCUACCUACCAGUUUCCUGCAUCUACUCCUAGUCCUAAAUCUGAAGAUGAUGACUCAGAUCUGUACUCUCCUCGAUACUCCUUUUCUGAAGACACAAAAUCUCCCCUUUCUGUGCCUCGCUCAAAAAGUGAGAUGAGCUGCAUUGAUGGUGAGAAGGUAGUUAAGAGGUCGGCCACACUUCCCCUCCCGACCCGCUCUUCCUCACUAAAAUCAAGCCCAGAGAGGACUGACUGGGAGCCCCCAGAUAAGAAAGUGGAUACAAGAAAAUACCGCGCAGAGCCCAGAAGCAUUUACGAGUAUCAGCCGGGCAAGUCCUCUGUUCUGACCAACGAAAAGAUGAGUCGGGAUAUAAGCCCAGAAGAGAUAGAUUUAAAGAAUGAACCUUGGUAUAAAUUCUUUUCGGAAUUGGAGUUUGGGAAACCGCCUCCCAAAAAGAUAUGGGAUUAUACUCCUGGAGACUGCUCUAUCCUUCCUAGAGAGGAUAGAAAGACUAAUCUAGAAACUGAUCUCAACCUCUGCCAAACAGAAUUAGAGGCAGAUUUAGAAAAAACGGAGACGCUUAAUAAAGCACCCAGUACAAACCUGUCACAGAGCUCAGCAGUCAGCCCGACUCCAGACAUUUCUUCAGAGCCUCCUGGAUAUGUAUAUUCUUCCAACUUCCAUGCGGUGAAGAGGGAAUCCGAUGGGGCUCCCGGGGAUCUCACCAGCUUGGAGAAUGAGAGGCAGAUUUAUAAAAGUGUCCUGGAAGGAGGAGACAUCCCCCUCCAGGGCCUGAGUGGGCUCAAGCGGCCAUCCAGCUCAGCCUCCACUAAAGAUUCAGAGUCACCAAGGCAUUUUAUACCAGCUGAUUACUUGGAGUCCACAGAAGAAUUUAUUCGACGGCGUCAUGAUGAUAAAGAGAAACUUUUAGCGGACCAGAGACGACUUAAACGCGAGCAAGAAGAAGCCGAUAUCGCAGCUCGACGCCACACGGGCGUCAUUCCAACGCACCAUCAAUUUAUCACUAAUGAGCGCUUUGGGGACCUCCUCAAUAUAGACGAUACGGCAAAAAGGAAAUCUGGGUCAGAGAUGAGACCUGCCAGAGCCAAGUUUGACUUUAAAGCUCAGACACUAAAGGAGCUGCCUCUGCAGAAGGGAGACAUCGUUUACAUUUAUAAGCAAAUCGAUCAGAACUGGUACGAAGGAGAGCAUCACGGCCGGGUGGGGAUCUUCCCCCGCACCUACAUCGAGCUUCUUCCUCCUGCUGAGAAGGCUCAGCCCAAAAAACUGACACCAGUACAGGUUCUGGAAUAUGGCGAAGCCAUCGCCAAAUUUAAUUUUAAUGGUGAUACCCAAGUAGAGAUGUCCUUCAGAAAGGGCGAGAGGAUCACGCUGCUUCGACAGGUGGACGAGAACUGGUACGAAGGGAGGAUCCCAGGCACGUCCCGGCAAGGCAUCUUCCCCAUCACCUAUGUGGAUGUGAUCAAAAGGCCACUGGUGAAAAACCCCACAGAUUACAUCGACCUGCCUUUCUCCUCCUCCCCAAGUCGCAGCGCCACUGCAAGCCCUCAGUUUCCCAGUCACAGCAAGCUCCUCAUGCCGGCCCCCUCAUCUCUGCCCCACCCUCGCCGAGCCCUGUCCCCGGAGAUGCACGCUGUCACCUCUGAGUGGAUCUCGCUGACUGUAGGGGUCCCGAGCAGGCGUCCUCUGGCCCUGACGCCACCCUUGCCUCCUCUGCCCGAGGCUUCUAUCUACAGCAGUGACCCCUUGGCCUUGUUCGCAAGGCCCGGCUCUUCGCUGCCCCUCAACCUUCCCCAUUCGGGCUGGUCGGACCUGUCCACUCCACAUUCAGCGGUCUCCCCGCUGGCCCUGCCACCUCCGCACAAAGCCCACUCCCCAGCGCCCGGGGCCCAGGCCUCCUUCCACGUCAAUGGAGACAGUGGUACCUAUGUGCCACCUCCGGGGGUCCUCCAGGAUAGCUUCUCCCAGCCGUGGCUUGGGCGAUCUGACAGGGUCAUCUCGGAGCUUAGUGAUGCCUUUAGCAGCCAGGGUAAGCGGCAGCCAUGGCGAGAUGGAAAUGGAGCGCGUGAGAGGAAAGCAGAGAGGGAGGCGGGUGAGAGAUGCCCAGGUGGACCCGCCAUCUCUAAGAAGAGCUGCUUGAGGCCGUCAGACGUGGUCAGGUGCCUGAGCACCGAACAGAGACUCACAGAGCUCCACACCCCAGAGGAGAGCCGGCCCCGCCAGCAGCCCCUGGGGGGCCCUUUCUCGGGAAGGGAGGCUGAGCGCUCAGAGCUGCAGAGAGGUGGUGAGCCAGCCGCUCGGAUGGGUGCGAGCCAGCCUUCUCAUCAUUCAUUGAGAGCAGGACCUGAUCUCACAGAAUCUGAAAAGAGCUAUGUGCAACCUCAAGCCCAGCAGCGAAGAGUCGCCCCAGACAGGAGUCAGACCUCCCAGGAUUUAUUUAGCUACCAAGCAUUGUAUAGCUAUAUACCACAGAAUGAUGAUGAAUUGGAACUCCGAGAUGGAGAUAUUGUUGAUGUCAUGGAAAAAUGUGAUGAUGGGUGGUUUGUUGGUACUUCAAGAAGGACAAGGCAGUUUGGUACUUUCCCAGGCAACUAUGUAAAGCCUUUGUAUCUAUAAGAAGACUGAAAACCACAGAGAUGAUUUUUAUUGGAGGACGAAGCAUAAUUCAUGAAUUGGUCUCUUUAUUUAAACGUUGAGUCAGUAGGAAAACUAAUGCAGUGGAUAAAGUAAGAAGCAAAAGAGAGGACAGAGAAGUGUUGUAUUUAAAACCUGAGCCCGUCGAAGCUUACUGUGUGUAUUGGACAGGGCUGAACCAUGCAAAAUAGGAAUGAGGCAAGUCAGUAUUUACUUAGCUGCUUCUGGGAGCCACGCCAGCCCUGCCCUCCUCUUCCCAACUUGGGUAACCUGACUGGCAGCAUGGUCCCAGAGAGCAGUUAAGCCAGAACUGCCUCUUGCUGCUUCAGGCUUGACCAGCUUUGGCUCAAAAGGGUCAUUUAGCCUGCAUGUGCUCUCGGAGCACCAGGCAGAUCCCCAGCCAUCCUCUAAGGCUCCACACAGACUCCCCCAGUUGCCUUGGAGCCUCCUGGUCCCCUAACAUUGCUACAGAUCAGUUGGGGCCACCGAGGCAAUCCCUAAACAGUGGUAGAGACCCCAAACAACCCAAGGCCAAGUCCCCCACUGGAGGUAGGUGGAGAAGUAGAGGUCAAAGUAGGCACCCCAUGCACUCAGCAUGCAUGCAGCGUUACCAUUGACACCCCUGAUGUUCAGACAGAAAAGCACACAAGGCUUGCCCCCGGAGCAGGGUGGUCAGGCAGGUAGUUCCAUUUGUAUUUCCAGGUGAUUAAGGCAAGAAGCCUGUAGCUCUUGAGGUCCCCUGCCAUAUGGCUCCUUCCAUAUCACUGGCUUGUAUAAGCAUUCACUUUCAGGGCAGCAUAGUGUCAUUUACAGAAUGCCAUUUCUACCCUUGCUUUUCUGGAUUGUUUUAGGCCAGGACAGUUGGGGGUUGAUAGGCUUAUUCUUAGAAAAACAAGGGAUGGUGUUCAGUAGCUCAAGGUAAUACACACUGAUGUAUACUGGAUGCCUGGGGCCACCAACAAGCAAGGCGUGCUCCAGGCCUUAGAAAGGGUUCACCACAUCUCCAUUUUCACCAUGUCUCCCCCGAGGAGCCCAAGGACCACUCAGAAUGUAGGAAUCCAGGGUUCUGAAUCCUAACACACCCUGUGAGGCUUCUCUUUAGAAGGUGCAGCUGCAGCGGCCCUACGUUGGAGGCUGUGAUUCUGCUACUUCAGGAGGCCUGUCUCUUGUAGAGGGGCCAGAGCCAAGGAGGGAGGCCUCUGUGAUGCCUGGGGUGUACAGUCACAACUUCAUCCAAUUCAAGGAUGUUUAUCGACCUCUGUUACAUACCUUGGAGAGAAAAAGAUAGAAAUGACCCAUUUUCUUGCCUGCUGGGAACUCAGAGGUGAUUGGAGAGAUAGACACACAAAAAUACUGAAUCAAGAGAGACUGCGAUAUGUGCUAAGAAGGGUGUGAGAGGAAGAGAUGAAUUUUCUCUGUAGGGAUCCUAGAAAGCAUUGUCAUAUUUCUCUCUCCAUUAGCUCACUUUUGAACAACUAGGAUGCUGGAAGAACCUUUGUCCGAGGGUAGUUUGUGGCUGGAAAUACUUAGACCUGCUGCCAGGGUCUUCCAACUCUGAUCCUCCCCACAAAUCCACAUUCGAGGUCAUAAACAGGAGAGCAGUUCCAGGUUGGUCGGGUUGUGUACAGGACUCCUGGCUCUCCACAGGUAGCUCAGAAUUGGCCUGAGGUCCCAAAGUCUGGAAUCUUUCCAAGUGGGCAAAGUUCAUCUUCAGUGCCUCAGCUUCUGUCUCCACUACUCAUCUUAGAACCUCGUAUCAGCUGGCCACCCUUCAGACAGCCACAGGACCCUCACUCCCUCCUUCAAAUCCUGCUCUCAGGAAAGCAACUGCCACUGACUCCUUCACACUGAAGUGUAAAUGACAGAUGAGAAGAAUGUGUUACUUCUUCCCAGAAACAUUGGUUUUUAACUAGAACAGAUCACAGAGCCUUAAUUCCAAGGGGAAAGGCUGUGGAACCAAUGGUGGAGGGUGGGGCUGGGGCGUGCGGGUAAGGGUGGAUGAGCUCCCUGUGUAGAAAGGGACUUCUUGCUAUUCCUUAAGUAAGACUCAGUGCUUUGGAAGGUCCACCUCACCAUCCAAGGGCGCUCUGUUUCUGUCCUCCCCCUUCGAAUAUAGACCCUGUGCAUACUCACAUACACUUUGCACAGCAGCGUUUCACGUGUUUUGGAAUGUAAUUCUUAUAUUGGCUAAUGUGUUUCCUAGUCUUUCUUAGAUGCAAACCAUAACACAACCUUAUCUGUUUUUUGAGGGGGGUGCUUAUUAAGUAGCUUAUUAGUUUUGAACACCUCUUUAAAUACAGCUAGAAAAUAAACCAAUUUGUAAAGCCACAUUUGCAUAUGACGCCAGCCUCCCGACUUUGUAUAUCUCGGGAAUCCCAGGUAUGCCUCACCAGUUUGCCCAUCUUUAAUAAACUCAUCUGUUAAAAUCUGCAUCAAACUUCAGCUGCCUACGUAUGACAAAACAAGGAACAAAGGGUUCCAACUGCUCCUUUGUCUUCACACAUUUAGUAAUACAAAAUACCUAUUUUUAUGCUGAGAUAUUUAUACAGGUUUAUUAAUCGCAAGUGUAACUAACUGGCGGCAUGCCCUGCAACACAUUUUAAUAGAUUAGCCAUGCUUCUGGGUAAAAGCAAGCCCCACACUACUUAUCUUUUGCAGUCUCUCUGGGAUCAGUAAGAGAAAAAAAUCACAUGCUUAAGAAGUGGGACUGUAAAUAUGUAUAUUUAACUUUGUAUAGCCCAUGUACCUACUUUGUAUAGAAAAAUAAUUUUAAAAAUCUGAACUGAAGGGGAGGGGGGUAUAAUAAGGAAGUCAUGAAGUUUUUUGCAUAUUUAAAUGAAGGAAUUCCAAAAAAACGUACCUGCAGAUUUUUAGCACAAAAAUACCAUUGUAAAGUGUUAUAAUUUUAAAUAAUCAUUCUUUCUGGGAGAGAAAGUAACUCUUUUCUCAGUUAUAGUGUUUUUUUCUUAUUUCAUUUUUGAUUUUUUUUUUUAGCAGUCCUAUUUAUCUGCAGUAGUAUUAAGUCCUAUUGCUAGGUUACUACAAAAAAGAUCAUAUUCUGAAAGAAAAAUAACUGACAUUAUAUAUAACCAAUUAAUUUAAAGUAUUGCCAUUUAAAUUACACACCAAGAGCAUGUACCAUGCAGACACAGAUUUUUCUGUCGAUCUAUUUUUCUUUAUGCAGUGGAUCAAUUUGACAAAUAGAUGUUGAAUUACUACAUUGGCUGUACAUAUUAUUUAAUAAACUUCAUUCAAAAUUG